UAACUAUCCGUACAAUGAAGACAAACAACAAGGUACCUACUUACUUGUCUGGCGGUCGCGUUGCUGCCCGUGUCAGCCGACACAUACUCCGUAUACAUAACAUCAAUCCACAUGCGACUUCACGCUGCCAUUGAGGUGGGACGCCAAGUCUCGUAGUGGGUCUAGGGAAUUGAAAGCGCCCCGCUGCCAGCUGGGCUUUUGUGCUGAGCCAGCCGGCGAAAAUUCCAGCGUGGAUUUCCAAUGGUGCGGUCCAUUGGAGACUUUUGGGUGCUGCAUCUUUUCAAGAUCCGAUGGAAGAAUAAAAGUGUUUCGUCGACCAGAACGGCACCGACUACCCGCUCUCAACCAAACCGGCGUAUCUAACUGACCCGAGUGAUCUUGUCCUCCCCAGCCGGCGGGAUGGACAAGAUCCUUCGCCGGGUGCGCAUGGCCGAGCGCCAGGUUGCGCGCCGGGUCAAACGAAACCAAGAAAAGACUCAAGCCGCGGCAAGGAAAAAGCGCCUCGAGGAAAUUGCCCGGUUGAGGAGGAGUGCAAGCUUAGAUCUUAACUCGGCUAUCAAAGCUCGCCACGAAGACCUAGAACUAGGUCCCAUAGCCCCGCGACGCGAUGUCAGCCAGUUAACCCCGUCCGGAGCCUAUUGGGGCAGCAUCGCGGCAGAGAGAUUAAACACGCCGAAGCUCACCGAUGAACAAAAGAGCGCCCGUGCCGCUUGGGCUGGGGGGGUACAGUACCUCUGCCUGGCUCCAGGGGAUCGCGUCGUAGUUCUCGAGGGCCCUGACAAGGGCAAGAUUGCCACCAUCGACAAGAUCGAUCGGGAUACUAUGUCUGUGGAGUUGGGCGGCGCGGACAUCGGCUUUGUAAACGCCAUGCUCCCAGAUUUCCUGGCCAAACAAGGAGGGAAGCCUGUGGUGCAGGUCAAGGCGUCCAUACCCAUCUCAGCCAUUCGGCUAGUGCACCCGAUCACAGAUCCACAGACAGGCGUGACGCGCGAUACCAUCAUCCGCGAGCUCCAGCCCGUCGGUAUGGUGCACGACCGACCGACAAGGAAAGUGUUUUGGUCCCGCCUUGUCCCGGGCCUCAACGUGCGCAUACCCUGGCCCAAGGUUCCGCCCAAAAAGCAUGAGGACUACCCUGCCGAUACCCUGCGACUCGAAGUCGAAGAGCGCACCUUUGUGCCGACGCUGCUGCGCCCUCCCAUGCCCGAGACGGUCAUCGACGAGUUGCGCAAUAGGUACAGCAAGUUCCGGACGCGGCACACACCCGAGUACAUUGCCAAGAUCGAGGCUCAGGAAGCCGAGAAGAAGGUCCGAAAGCAGAGCGUAGAGUCUAUGCUACUGCCAGUGCAGGAGUACAACCGCAAACUGCGCGAGCUGCGUCGCCAACGCGGCAAGCCCGAGCUGACAACGGAGAUGCUCGAGAAGAUUGGCGAGAUUAUUGUGAAGAACAAGCUCAGGAGGUCCGGAGACCAGUUGACCGAGGCAGGAGCUGCUACAACAGAUGCUCAGAUGGGUAGAAUCCAGAGCGCGGUGGCACAGUUGUCGAUCGGAGCAGAGACGCCGGGCGCAUCCUCGGGCGAGGAACAGCCCAGGGCGUCAUAGACAGGCUUUGUCCUUUGCUCUUCAAAGCCUGGUCCUGUGUAGUCCAGGAAUGCGGAACGGGCGGAUUGUAACAUAUUUGCCAGAGCAGCAAUUCUGCUCUCCUUGGCUGUAAUGGUAGAGUGGAUAUGUACAAUACAAACGCAGAACGGCGGUGUACUGCCGGUUACAUCGGCUCGAGCGCCAGCUUUUGGGGGAGGUAUAUGGGUUGGUUUAGCUCGCCAUGUUC